AUGAAUGGGGAUGAAAGAAAUAGGAAAGAAGUCAAAUCAGAUGCCAGUUAUGAAGAGAUACGGGGUAAUGAUAGCAGCAAAAAUCCUAGACAUGAAGAAGGGCAAUCUCGAAAUUCACAUGAAAAAAUAGAGGAGCAGAAUUUUGUGCCUAAUAACAGGUGCGCCGGCCAGAAAAAGCAACCCGACAGCAGGUCCGACCCCCUCUGCUGCCUCGACUAUGUAUUUCGUCCAACUGUUUCUAAUCCAGAAAGGAAGGCUAAUCAUACUAAUGCUCCAAUUGGUUUUUCGGGAGGGUUUGGACGGGUUUCGGGUGUUGUUGACUCAGAAGAUGAACUAACCCAUCCUCCAGGCUUUUCAAAUUGUAAUAGUUUUGUUGUUUGUUCGGAUGAUUCUUAUAAUAAAGGUUCUUUCUUAAGUGAGAUUCAAAAAACAAUGGAGAUGGGAAAGGCAAUGGGAUACGAUUUGGAGGGAUGCUAUGACCUGGUAAAAGAAAUCGUUAAAGGUAAUGGAUAA